AUGGAGCUCACAGCAGAAGGUAAAACUCCAGAGUACAUGGCAUUAGCCGGUAUAAAGUUUAAGUUGACUAUCUCGGAAUUGAAAAACGACCCGGCUCUAAAGGAUCAACUCCUUCAAGGUAUUAAAGCUGGUAACAUGGCUCCAUAUUACAAAGAAGUUUGUACGGAUUUAGGGUGGACUUUUGAUCAAAAGUUGUUUGAUGAAAUGGCUAAAGAAAACCAAGAGAGACUCUCAAAGUUCAAGGAAGACGACUCUGAAACUCCUGUAUGGCAAGAUAGAUUAGAUUAUCUGUGUUCCAUUGGUGACAAAGAUGCUGCAACCGUGUUAGCCCAAUCUAAAUAUGAAGACUCCACAUUGACAACCAACAGAAGACUUGAUGCUAUAUUUGCUCUAUUCAGAAUUUCAUACUUCCACGGAUGUAAUGUCAAAGAUAUGGGCAAAUACAUCAAUAAGGCCCAUGAGUUAGUAGACAAAGGCGGUGAUUGGAGGUCCCGUAACAAACUUAAGGCAUAUGAAGCUAUCUACUGUUUGGCAGUGAGGGAUUACAGUCGUUCAGCUGAUCUUUUUAUUGACUGUGUUUCAACAUUUGAGUCAUAUGAAUUGGUUGAUUUUGGGACUAUAAUACAAUACUGCGUGUUGGCUUGUGCAUUGGCUCUCGAGCGUCACGCGUUGCAAGCGGCUUUGCGUCGUCAAGGCGCGGCAGUACAAGCUUUACGCUCGCGAUUCCCGGAACUAAGGGAAUUGGUUGAAUCCCUUCAUGAGUGUCGGUACGCUGAUUUUAUGAAGAGUCUCGCUUGGGUGGAAACUCAGAUUUGCGUGGACCCCGUGUUCCGUCCACACUACCAGCACUACGUACGCGAAGCGCGCAUUAAGGCGUACGUUCAACUGUUACGCGCGUAUCGCUCGCUCAGUCUCGACAACAUUGCCGACACCUUUGGAGUAACCAGGGAAUUCAUUGAAGAUGAGAUUUCUACUUUUACAGCGGCCGGCCGUCUCCAAUGUCGUAUAGAUGCAGUGGCGGGUUGUGUGGUGACAGGCGCUGGUCGCGGCGCAGAUGCCGAUCGUUCGCAUCUCUACCAAGCCACCAUUCGCGAGGGCGACUUACUGCUUAAUAGAGUCAAGAAACUCGCUAGUGUGAUUAACUUCUAG